GACGAGUGAAGCCACAUUUACGCAUACUGCUGAGUGUAGUGUGUGAGCAGCAUUACACGCCGGUUACAGCACAACUGUACAAAUUUCUAUUAAGUAUAGCUGUAAAUUUAGUGUUUCAGAGUUAGUUUAAAUGCCGAACAACAGAUAAAACUGAGUAGCUGAAUGACAAACCGGAAAAGUGAAAACAUGGAGACUCAGUGAGGCUAAAUGCCACCGAAUAGCCCUGGAAACACGUCUCCACAUUAGGAGUAAUUCACUAAAAGUGUCAUUAUAGUACAGAGGAGGCCAGCAGCCAUGGCAGGCAAGGGUCGUGGAGUGGCUGCCUUCACCUUCAACAUUGAGGCUCUGGGCAUCGGCAGGGGCAGCAUGCCAGAAGCCAGGGUGGGGCCCAGCCCUCUGUUUCCCAACACAGACUUUAAGCCUGUGCCACUGAAAGCUGGCGAGGAUGAGGACUACAUGCUGGCCUUAAAACAGGAGAUGAGGGGAGCGAUGCAGCGGCGGCCACACAACAUCAAGCCCCUGUCCAAUAAAGCAGAGGUGGAGAGAUACACGGAGAGAUACCUGAAGCUACGUCAGAUAGAGGAUGAAGACUGGACUCCAGACUGGAACCACCUCCCAAAAGAAUUGAUGCCCCAAACUAAAAAACCUCGUGCUAAACCAGGCACAAAGAAGAAAGCUGUGAAGAUAUCCCGCAAAGAAACAGAAGCUGUACUGAGUAAAUUAGAUGAACUGGCAAAGAGGGAUGACGGGAACCCUGAAAAAUCAGAUGAUGAGACUGAAAAGAAAAAAGGAAAUGAGGAGGAUGAGGAAGAAAUUGAGGCGGAAGAGUACGAUGAAGAGGAUGUUGAAGAGGAAAACGACUACAUUGACAGCUAUUUUGACAAUGGUGAAGAUUUUGCUGCAGAUAGUGAUGACAACAUGGAUGGCGAAGCAACAUACUGAGACAGUGUUGACGUAAACCGUCAUGAUGUACUUAUUUAUAUUGCUUA